GACCGUGCGGUCGGCGCCACUGGUGACGCGUACCAUGUGGCGGACGGCCGCCGCGCUGCUGCUGCUGCUGGCCGCGCCGGCGGCCGGCGUGCGCCACAUCCGCAUCCUGCAGCCCGUCCGCAAGAUGCGUAGCUCGCUUCUUUGGUUGCGGCACGAGGACGCCGCGCUGUCGGGGCGUCGGUCGCCCCGCGCGCUGGCACUGCGACCGGUGUUGCGCGGCCGGACGGCGCUGCGCGGCCCCGGCGGCUGGACGCUGGGCCGCGCCGCUCUUACCGUCUCCACGGCGCCGGACCGCUCGUCCGAUGCCGAUGCCGGGUGGCUGAGGCCGCGUGCACCGGCGGCCGCCUGGAUACGGCCGCCGCUCCGCCGCACUCGUCACCCGCAGCCGCUCCGACGACCCCAUCACCGGCCGCUGUGGCUGCCCAGCCGGCCGCCGCUGCGACUCAAGCCGGCGGACAUCUGGAGUAGUCACGCGUUCCAGCCGUUACCGGAGGAGCUGACGGAGAAAGAUACAGCAAAAGCGGGACGGCUGUUCAAACGAGCUUUCUCAGGAAACAAACACAGAGGGCCCGUGAUCCGCGUCUCGCUGAGGCGGAACGACACGGACAGUCGCAAGCUGGAGCGGAUCUCGAGGUUGACACAACGGGACCGGGCGAGGUCGCAGCGCGUGAAAGGUGGACGUGACCCCCGCUUAAGCCGAAUCCGUCAGCGGCAGGACACCGCCGCCGACACCGUGCGCGACACGGGCAGCAGCGAGAAGAAACGCGACGUCCGGGUCCGCGUCAACUUCGGUGAGCGGGGCGGCCGCCGAUUGGUCCGGCCGGCGAUGACGUCACAGUCCGGGGAGGCGAUGUCGGACGGCGCGUUCGGGCUCAGUGGGCGGUGUGACAUCAUUCAUUUUGAAUGAGGCACGACCGAUGUGACAUUAUUC